GCCCCCUUUUUUCCCCUUAUUUUCUUUUUUUGCCAUGAAACUCUUUUCAACGAGCACUAGCAUCAGCACCACGAAAACAAGUGGUGUCAUCACCUUGGCUAUCUCGCUUUUAUCGUGUAUUACCACUGCGGUUCAAGCCAACAAUGUCACCUAUUCCGUGGUCGCGUUCCCCUCUCAAGGUGAACAGGUCGUGGUCAACGUCAAUAACCAAACCUUUGCUUUAGCAGAAAGCGCUACCUGCAUGGGCCUUUACACAGGUAACGCUCCUUUUGCCUCAGAAUAUCACUAUGCUCUCGUGAACGCCCAUGGUCAACAAACGCCCGAAAAGGUCAAGCGUUCUUUGGCAAAUGCCAAUACCACCACCACGGGUAAUGAAUUCUUUGAUCGUUCAAGAACGUUCUGGGAUAUUCCCGAGAUUCCUCAAGCUUAUCCACCCAUCUUUCCAUCAAAAGCCUCCGAAUUCGGUAAUAGCAAUCAAAUAGCUACCGUCAUUGCCAGAGCCGAUGGACCUGCUCUCCAGAAAAUUCUCGAUGAUCCUGAUACCGACCAUUCCUACGUUCAAAUGUACAACAUGACCUAUAUCAACCACGAUCAUUGUUUCAGCUUUAUGAGCGCUGGUCUCAAAAAUAGUGGUCAAUCCUCCAAGAAAUACACCAAGCAAUCAUGGAAUAUCAAAUUUGGCAAAUUUGACAAAAACGCCGACGAUAAGCUCUAUGGCCGUAAGGCGAUCAAGUUGCGUGCUGAAGCCGUCGAUCCUGCUUUUAUCCGAGACAAGCUGGCCAUGGACUCUCUUCAAGCAGCGGGCGCUAUCCAUACCGAAGGUAGUUUUGCUCGAUUCUUUGUCAACGGCGAACCCUAUGGUUUGUAUCUGAUGACGGACGAGGAGUUUAAGGGUUUUACAGACAAUUUGAUGAACGGCGGUCAAAAAGAUGCCCACAUCGGCCCCACCUACAAGGCCAAUUCCUUGGGACCCGAUCAAUGUGCUGAUCUCGUGUACAAGGGCCCUGAUAAUUCCAGCUAUGCCUGGGGCGAUAUUUACUCUUUGGGCGACCAAGGAAGAGACCCUACCUCCGGUGUCACCAAAAAAUCCUAUGCCGCUCCUUUGAUGGAUUUCAUGAAACGACUGAACGAAACCACCCAUGGCAACACGACCGCACCCGGCACCAUUGUUGAUCUGAUGGACAACACCAACCAAACCAUGAUCCAAUUGGCAAUGAAUAUGCUCAUGGGCGCCUGGGAUGGCUUGUGGUAUACCGGUACCAACUUUUAUUUGACAGAACACAUGGAUACCAAAAAGUGGACAUUGAUCACCUACGAUUUUGAUGAUACUUUUGGCAACGGUAUGCAAGAUGAAAAGAUGUUGACCGCACCUUAUCAAUCCUUUGCUCCUGAAGGUGCCAAGCGUCCUUUGGUAGAAGCCUUUAUCAAAGAUCCUUACUUCCAACCUCAAUUUGAAGAAAUCCUUAAAACGAUUGUUCAAAAAUCCUUCAACCCCAGCAACUUGAAACCACGUAUUGAUGCCUACACCCAAAUGUUGGAACAAGAUAUUGCUUGGGAUUAUGGUUUGAAAAGAAAAGCAAAGGGUGUAAAGAAAGACUUUACACUCGAAAGCUUCAAGAAGAACAUGUAUAGCUUCUCUGAUGACUCUAUUGGUAUCAUGGAAUGGAUUGGCAAUCGUACAAUCGCCACAGCUAAGCAAUUGAACGUCACUCUCAACCAACCUACCAACAACAACAACAACAACAACAACAGCAUCAGACUAUAAUAAUUUAAAAUGAUAUCCCCUUUUUUUCUCUCUAAUCUAUAAUAUUCUAUCAUGACUCGCUGUUGUUUGCUC